AUGAACAAGGCAACGAGUGUUUAUGCCGCUGCUCUUGCGGCCCUUCUGGCUGUUGCUGAUGCUCGCAACCUGAACCAGCUUCCCAGGGCAACUCCUGCCUCGGGCUAUGCCAUCGACGGCUUCUCCCCCAAGCCGACUGGACUGCCCGACUUCCCAUUCCACAAGGCUAUCCAGCGCCGAGCCGGCACAACGUCGAGCAUCGAGACGGUCUAUGUUGCCCCCGACAACACCUGCGGCUUCAUCUCCGGCCUUGCUGGCGCGGGAUACACGUGCGGUGGUGGCGCGACUUGCGUCUUCUUCACCUCGUCCACUGCCCCGGGACAUGUCGCCUGCUGUAACACCGAGGAAUGCAAUGCCAGAAACGUCUGCAUCGACUACAACGGCUACUUUAGCCAGAGCAAGUGUGACAAUGGCUGUGCGGUUGACACUUUCACUCUCAAGUGCACCAACUCGUUACUGCCGUACUGCAACACGAUUUCCUUCCCGGGAGACAUCAUGGACGUCUUCUGCAACAAUGUUGACAUCACGGGUGUCCAGGCUGCGCUGACCACCUACCGCGGCGAGGCUUCCAGGAAGUUUACUCCUCUUCCAUUGACCGGCGAUGCUUCCACCACCAGUGACUCUACUUCCACCACUCCAACUACAUCACCAGAUUCUAGCGAUACUUCUUCCAGCCCGGAGUCAACCACCACCAGUGGCGGUGGAGAUGGAGGUGGCAGUAAAAGCGGCGGCGGCGGCUCGAACACGGGUGCCAUUGUUGGAGGCGUCGUCGGAGGUGUUGGCGGCCUUGGUCUCAUUGGCCUCGCCGCCUUCUUCCUCCUGCGCCGCAACAAGGCCAAGUCCGGCACGCACGAGCCCGUGCCCCAGGUUCCCCCCAACUACCAGUCUCCCCCGGUGCAGCAGACGCCUCAGGGGUACUACGACCCCAAGUUCGCCGCGGCCGUCGGACAGCAGCAAUACCCGCCUCAGCAGUACCCUCCGCAGCAGGGAUACUACACCUCGCCCGAAGGCCAGACCAUCUCCCCCGUGGACCCUCGAUACAGCACUGCGCCGUCAAGUACCAGCCCGGUGCCCUCUGGCGGCUACGCGGCUCCCGCGGGCCCUGGAGCGUACCAGCCCCAGGAGAAUGUGAUUCACGAGGCGCCGGCGCAGUCGGAUAACCACCAUGGCCAGAUGCAUGAGCUUGCUUAG